AUGCUGCACAAGCGUCAGUCCACCUCGUCCACUUCAUCUGGCCUCGUCCUCACCGGCCCUGGCCCUGGCGAGACCUUCCGGGCUGGCGGGACUUGCACAGUGACAUGGACGCCUGACACGUCUGGCUCGACGAAAUGGAAGAGCUUCACGCUCGACUUGAACACGGGCUCGAACCAGGCGAUGACUAAGCUCGAGACUAUUGCCACCGGUCUGGAUGGCACGGAUCCCACGAAGACGAGCUACAGCUGGACAUGCCCGGAAGUGAGCCCGUACUCGGCGAUUUACUUCUACCAAGUCACCACGGAUGGCACCUCGGAUCCGGCUUGGACCACGCGCUGGGCGAUCUCCUCUCCCAAUGGCACCGUUGUUUCUCCUCCGCACGCCAACCAGCCCGGAGGUGGAAGCCCUGCGAUCCCAUGGGGAAACGGCAAGCUCCUUAGCGCGCCAGUCACCAACAGCGCCUCCACGGGCGCAUCUUCGUCAGCUGCCUCGUCCUCGUCCUCUUCCUCGUCCUCUUCCUCCACUGCCGCCGUUGCUGUCCCUUCAAUCGUUGGAGUCGCCUCGUCACCCUCGACGACUUCCUCCCCGGCCGCAAGCAGCGCACCGAGCACGGUACUGCGCGGCGGGGCGAGCAGCCGUGCCAGCGCAGGCACCGGCGCGGCUGCGCUCCUAGCAGUUGCUGCUGGCGCCUUGCUGAUUUGA